UUGCCCCGGUCCCCGCCCCCCACCCCGAGCCAUGGACAUGGAGGUGGACGUUGCCUCUGUGGUCUCGGGGCUGUCGGGUAGGGAUGGAGCGGGCGCAGGCCCAGCCGAUGAGGACCAGGAGAUGGAGGGGGCUCCCAGCUGUUCGGGGUCGCGUUCUCUCCCUUUCGAGUUCGAGCGGAGCCGCUCAGAGUCCAGCGGCGAUGAGGACGACGACGAAGACGACGAGGAAGAGGAGAUGGAGGAAGAGGAGCUUGAGGGGGACCCCGGAGCUCGGUUCGGGACGGACGACGGGGAACUCGACUCGGACGACGACCGGGAGCGUAUGAUAAACCUCGCAGAGUUGACCCCUUACAUCCUGUGUUCCAUCUGCAAAGGUUACUUUAUUGAUGCUACAACUAUUACAGAAUGUCUGCACACCUUUUGUAAAAGCUGCAUAGUGAGACACUUCUACUAUAGCAACAGAUGUCCAAAAUGCAAUAUUGUUGUACAUCAGACACAGCCCCUUUAUAAUAUCAGACUGGACCGACAACUGCAAGACAUAGUCUAUAAAUUAGUUGUCAAUUUGGAGGAAAGAGAGAAAAAACAAAUGCAUGACUUCUAUAAAGAAAGAGGAUUAGAAGUGCCCAAACCAGCUGUCCCACAGCCAGUUCCAGUGAGCAGAGGAAGACCUCGAAAAGUUCUGGGCUCCGUGUUCCGGAUCCCACCAGAACUUGACAUCUCCAUACUUCUGGAGUUCAUUGGAGCUAACGAAGGCACAGGGAAUUUUAAGCCUUUGGAAAAGAAGUUUGUGCGUGUUUCAGGGGAGGCAACAAUUGGACAUGUGGAGAAAUUCCUCAGAAGAAAAAUGGAUCUGGACCCUACUUGUCAGGUAGACAUAAUAUGUGGUGAUCACCUGCUAGAACACUACCAGACACUGAGGGAAAUUCGUCAAGCCAUAGGAGAGAGUGCAGUACAGGAUGGUUUACUUGUACUGCACUACGGCCUGGUAGUAUCUCCGCUAACUGCAACUUAAAGAUUGCUAGAAUAUCAGAAGGCAAAAGAAUCUGAAGUCAUCAAGCUUCUUCACUGCUGUUUUUCACCAAAGAAGGCCAUUGUAUUUCCUGUGACAGGAAGCAACUAAAAGGAACCACCACGAACUGCUGUAUGCUUGUAAUUUAACGUCUGACUUUACCACUGUAAAAAAUUACAGCUUCUGUACGUACAGCUAUACAUGUCGCUAUGCUUUGUGUUACAAAUUACUGUCUUCAAAUUCCACUCAGCUCAGGGAAUUUAAAUGCUCAGAGUAGCUGCAUUUUUUUACUUUCUAAAACCACACGAUCUCAUGGGGUCAACAGCCUUUUUUCUCCCCUCUAAGUGAUGAGAUAUUGCUUACUCUCUAAGUGUCUAGCUAGAACAGUGCUCUCAGGGAUGAUCUUCAGUGGGCAGUAUAACUUAUUCUGGGGAGGAGACAGUCAUUUGCCUAAAAAAAUGUGUAAUGGGAUCAUCUGUCUUUGGAUGUUAUUUGGGGAGAGGAAGGGAACUUUAGAAAUGCAGACCAAAAUACGUAGAAAAUGACACACCGUAAGCGUUGUUUUUUGAGAAGUAGCAUUAAAUUUAGUUGUUUUUCUUGAAGAAAGACAAUUUCGUUUGCACUGGACAUAUAUUUGCUGGUAGUUUGGCUUAUACCAAAUGGUGGAUCAUGCAUCUCUAAUCUUAAUGGAGGUGAUCUGGCUGUAAGCUGGUUAAACUAUGCAUGAAAAAAACCCAAGUAGCACCUCUUUACCUGCUUGCUGUAUGUAAAAUAAUCACUGUCAGCGUGAUUCUGCUGUCAUGUAAAAUCUGUUAACUGACUCGACUGGCAGGAACAUAAAGCCUUUCACUUUAGCACAUGUUUUUCUAGCAGCAGUGGAAAUGGUAGUUUUUCCCACUCCUUCUAAUAUGUAUUAGUGCAUUGUAGGGGAGACCAGGGCUGAGUAAUGUAAUACUUGCCUGUUACUACCAGAUUCACAGAGGACAUUAGGUAACUUUAACACAUUAAACUACUAGGUUUGUGACAACUGUAACACUUCAAAUUCUAUUCUGCUUAACAAUUCCGUGGUUUCUUGUGCAGCAUUAAGGACCAGAGCUUUGUGUGUUACGGUUUUGCUGCAUACUAGGUCAUCGAUGUGGGGAUUCAUGAAAGCUGUGGUUACACACCAGGUUCUCUCCCUUCCCUGUAGUCAGCAUAGGGAAAGGGAGAAGGUUCCUUUGUAAGGUGUUUCAGGGCACCCAAGGUAGCUCAAAUGCUUGCUGGCUGUCAGCUGAAGAGGACUGGCAUCCUUUGUCUAAAGAAAGUUUUCAUGAAUCCUUCCUCAGGUCUUCACAAUAAGUGUUUGGUUUUGUCUGUGAAGAUGACACCAUAAGAAAAAAAAAAAGUUUUGUUUGAAGUAAUUCUUGUGAUGCUUCUAAAAAAGUAACAAAAACAUUUCUAGCUACAAAUUCCUAUUUUACCUUUAAAGUUUGUAUAAAAGUAGUGUUUAAAAUGCAGCAGAAAAUAAGAUUAUUUUGUAAACACUUUGUGAGUUGUGUUGAUAAGAGAUUAUAUAUUGUAACAGUAAAAUAAACUUUAUUUUAGCCAAUUUAAAAUUGAGCUCUCGUAUUUCCAUGCCAUGCUCCCUAUGUCAGCCUCAAAAUUAUAGCAGUUAAUAUUGAAACUGCUGGAUGUGCUCUGGGGUUAUUAGAGUGACAAAUGUUAAUUAGGUGGUUGAAUGGUGAAGGGUAGUUUAAUGCCAGAAUCUCCACUGGAGCUAACUGCAGCAUUGUUAGCUGAAAGAAUGUGGAAUUUCUGGGACUCUCAUUUCAAUGAGGAUUUCAGUGAGAAAUAGUUCAGUGCUGAUGUUAAGAUGAUUUUUCAACACAGGUACAGGAGAAGUAAACCUAUGUAUUUACAGGACCCCUUUUUUCCUCAAUACCUGCAUCUUUUUGUCAAAGCCACCUCUAGAUUAUUUUCAUUCAUGCUUAUGGCUGUUGUUACCAAGUCUGCUGUGAACCAGAUCUUCCUCUGCCUCUCUGAUCAUCCUGGCUUUAUACAAGCCAGCUGGCUUGUAUACUUUGUACUGCCGCUUCAUCUUUCAUUAUCUCUCAUGGGAUUUUUUUCUAUGUAUAGUUCUAGACUUUAAAAAAAAAAAAAGUCAGCAGUAUGGUCACAUUUUACGUUGCAAAUUCUCCCCUAAUCCAGGCUUGAACUACAUGUCUAUGGAAGGGCUUAUCUGCAGUUUAACAGUUAUAUAGAAGCUGAUAGUUAAUUUGAAUUAAUGUCAUUCUAGGAUACUGCUGACUUGUAUAGCCUCAAGAUGACACUACUGCCACUGGCUGUGCUGUCAGUGUCAGUUUGUUGGUUUGUUUU